AAUCUACUUAAGAACGUUAAAACCUUCAGUUGGGUUCCUCAGAACGAUAUUCUUGGUCAUAAGAAAUUAGACCUAUUUAUAACUCAUUGUGGUUCCAACGGUAUCUAUGAAGGAGCAUAUCAUGGUGUUCCAAUGUUAGGGAUGGCAGGAACGAUGGAGCAACGCCUUAAUGUCAUCAGGAUAGUAAAAGCUGGAAUUGAAAUAAAAGUCAAUUUCUUCAAAUUCAGCUCUAACGAUAUCGUCGAUGGCGUAAAGAUGCUACUAUCGGAUUCGAGAUACAAAGAGAAUGCCCAAAGAAUUUCUAAAACUCUUAAAGACAAAAAGAUAUCAUCCAAAGACAAAAUUGUGGAUUGGAUAGAAUAUGUAGUAGAUACAGGUGGUGCUCAUCAUUUGAAAGUACAGGGUGAAACGUUAUGGUUUUAUGAGCUUUAUAACCUAGACGUCUUUGCUUUUAUAAUGUUAAUACUGUAUGUAAUUUAUCGAUUAUUAAAGUAUAUUAUAACUAGAAUGCGCAGAUUAAACGCGAAAACAAAGUGUGAUUAA